AUGACCAAGAGGACAGUCGACCCUCCGAAUACUGGCAUAGUUCCCACGGUGCCGGAGAUGCCCAUCCCUUCGAAUGUCGGAAACUACCACUUUGCCGGUUGCUUCAGUCACGUAGAUCCGCUCCAGCACGUAUUUACGGGCCAGCACAGGCAGUCACAGAUUAAGAUGUCAGUGAGCCUGUGCGCGACCGUCUGCAGAGACACCAAGUCCCCAAUGAUGGGCCUUGAGGCUUCAUCGACUUGUUACUGUGGCACGGCACUCGAGAGCUGCUGGAUGUCGGAGACUUUGGUCGGCAAUUGCGACAUGCCUUGCAGUGGCAACUCGCUGCAGAUGUGUGGAGGUGACUUUUACACACAAAUCUACAUCUCUGGUGAUGCUGGCGGCCAGGACUUGGACCCCAUUUGCACGCCCCUCGUGCCCGACAUUCCCUCUGGAGUCUCAACGACCAGCAUUGUCUCCGUGACACGGCCUCCCCCCUCUACAGCACACAGCACCUCAGUUGCACGUGGGGAUGGAACUACCAGCUUGAUACAAAUCGACAAAUUCAGCUAUGCCAACUGCUCCUACAUCAAGCGGAUCGUCAUCAUCACCCAAUCCUGGAUCACAAACCUCAACGGCCACUUCAACCACGUCCACAAACUCACGCCUAACGCCCCGCCCAUCCUCGAGUGA